AUGAUUACUAAGAUUGAUCAAAUAAAACUGAAGCAGAUAUGGAGGGACGAGCUGAUGAUAUGGAAUCCUGAUAAAUAUGGAGGCAUUAAGGACAUAGUUUUACCCCAAAAAUCCCUGUGGCGUCCAGACAUCGCAAUCUUCAAUGGCAUAGAGAAAGUGUUUCUAGGAGCUGAAGAGCUUCAGAUUUUUGUCACUUCAGAUGGUCAAGUAAGAUGGGAACCGAUAACAAGUUUGGGAGUCGCUUGUAGUGUGGAUAUAACCAAGUAUCCAUUCGACCAGACCUUGUGUUUCGUCAACGUGACGUCAUGGAUGAACGACGAAUCCACGAUCAAUUUGACAGCAAAUUCUUACCCUGUAAACCUGAAGUCGUUAGUCCCCAACAAGGAAUUUUACAUUUGGUCAGAUGGGAUUGAAAUUACCAGGAACAACUACUACAGGAAGAUCUACAAGUGGAUAAAUUUUAAAAUAAGACUGGAAAGAAGACCUACAUAUCUUAUUAUUACUCUACUAAUGCCCAUUAUGCUGUUGGCUGUCCUGAGCGUCUUCUCCUUCUUUCUAUCACCGGAAGAGACGGAGAAAGUCUCACUCGCCAUCACCAUCCUUCUGUCGUUCACCGUGUUUCUAAGUGUCAUUGAUAACGACCUGCCUCAAACGUCAGACCACAUUUCUCUACUAGUGGUGUACAUCGUGUUACUACUGCUGUUCUCCUUCCUGUCUGUCGCCGGGAAUGCCCUGGUUAUAAUCGUCCAUAGACGGGAUAUGAAGAAAAAUGUUGAGGGCAGUGCUGCUAAAGUUGAAAUCAACAAACAAGGGGAGCUAACCGAAAGCUUGACAGAAAAAGAUGCACAACUUGAUUCUGAUUACAACCACGUAGAGUUCCUUCCUCCUGUUUCACGCUGGAAAGUGUACACCGUGUUCCUGCUUGUGUUCUCAUUUCUGGCUAUUGCCGGAAAUGCCCUGGUUAUAAUUGUCCAUAGACGGGACAAAAAGAAAAAUGUUGAGGGCAGAGCUGCUGAAGUUGAAGGCAACAAAGAAGGGGAGUUAACCGCAAGCUUGACAUCCAUUGGGUUACAAGUAAAUCACAAUAACACAGAGUUCCUUGCCUCUGCAUUAGCGUAUCACAGAACAAGUCCUCGGCCAAGGCUCUCUAGUCUUUAA